CGAACCUAAAUUCCAAAUUCUCUUGUACAAUACAACCCCUAGUUGUGGUGUGUGUGUCUCUUCAUCAUCAAUUAUCAGUAAUUGACUACCCUUCAAAUGAACUUGUGUGGGCUUCUUUGCGCCACUCAAUUAUCUCUUUCAGUCGUUAGCCGCUGUUAGUUCAGCAACACUCAUUUCACUUCUCUCUUUCAACCAUUCAUAUCAUCCUUUUUUAUACGAUCACUAAUUUAAAUUCUAGUCUUACAAGUUACAAUCAAUUCUUAGUUGAUGACAAAUUUCCAACUUGCUAGACUUUAUCUCUUCUGGGUUCUUGUUAUAUGAUCGAUUUAUUCAUUUUCUGAGGUGGGUUUUGCAAGAAAACAGGAAUUAUACUGAUUUUACUAUCUGGGUAUUGCUAAGAAUGAUGUCAAUGACUUGCCAAAAUGUAGAUUUUGGUCGAAUGAGGUUUGCCUGUAGUAAUUGUUCUUCUAAUGCUUUAUAUGAUCGUGGGUUUGUUAAAAAUGGUAAAGGAAGUGGUAAGAGAAGCAUAAGAAAAGGCCAUGGAGCAAGGAAGCUGUUCUGCUUUCGUUCUAAUAGUGCUAAGCCGAUGGUGUAUGGGACAAAAACUCCUGAGAGUUUAGUGAAUGGAAUUAGUGAAGCUCCUAUCCCAGUUGUGGAUGUGAAUACAGAUUCCAGUGACAAUCCCAUUUCACUGGGUAGUCUUUUUGAAGUAGUUGCUGAUGAUCUAUUGACUCUGAACAAGAAUCUGCAAAAUAUUGUUGGUGCAGAAAACCCGCUUCUGAUGUCAGCCGCAGAACAGAUAUUUGGUGCUGGGGGGAAGAGGAUGAGACCCGCUUUAGUUUUUCUUGUCUCAAGAGCUACAGCACAACUAGCUGGAUUAAAGGAGCUCACCACAAAGCAUCGGCGUUUGGCAGAAAUCAUUGAAAUGAUACAUACUGCAAGUCUAAUACACGACGAUGUGAUAGAUGAGAGUGACUUGAGGAGAGGUAAGGAAACUGUUCAUCAACGUUAUGGAACGAGAGUGGCUGUAUUGGCCGGCGACUUCAUGUUUGCACAAUCAUCAUGGUACCUGGCAAAUCUUGAAAACCUGGAAGUGAUAAAGCUUAUCAGUCAGGUUAUUAAAGAUUUCGCUAGCGGGGAAAUAAAACAGGCAUCAAGUCUGUUCGAUUGUGAUGUGAAAUUGGAGGACUACUUGAUCAAGAGCUACUAUAAAACAGCAUCGUUGCUAGCCGCAAGUACAAAAGGCGCAGCCAUAUUCAGCGAGGUUGAUCGUAAUGUAUGUGAAAAAAUGUACGAAUAUGGAAGGAAUCUUGGUCUAUCAUUUCAGAUCGUUGAUGACAUAUUGGACUUUACGCAAUCUGCUCAGCAGCUCGGAAAACCUGCAGGUGCAGAUUUAGCAAAAGGAAAUCUAACUGCCCCGGUAAUUUUUGCUCUUGAAGUAGCACCGAAAUUGAGAGAGAUCAUCGAGUCUGAAUUCUCCGAGACCGGUUCACUAGAAGAAGCCAUUGAACUUGUUAAGAGUUGUGGUGGCAUCGAAAGGGCUCGAGAAUUAGCCAAAGAGAAAGCCGAUACUGCUCUUCAGAGUCUCGAGUGCAUUCCCGAUAGUGCAUUUCGAUUAGCUCUCGAGAGGAUGGUGUUAUUUAACCUCGAAAGGAUUGAUUAAAGAUUCAUUCAAAUAUUCAUGUAAUAAUUGGCUAAAAGAAGAAAUGGCGACAACAGAGAUGAACUCGAUCUCUAUGUUAGCGUUACGAAAUUACCACCAACGGGUAAAUCGAUCGAGGGCUUGGUGGCUGUAUAUUGAUAUAAAAGGCUUUUCGAGCGUUGCUCGUAGGGUAGUUUUCAUUUAUAUGGUUAUAUGAUUCAUAGAUUUUGAUGGAAGAAACAACUUCUAAAUGGAUCGUUGUAUACUGCUUUGUAUUCCUUACCUCAAGUAGGAAAACCAUACUUGCAAUAAUGAUUGAUUACUAUGUCUAAUACCAAUAACAUCUACUCAUACAUUAAUCAUU